AUGGGGGGAGAGAGAGAGAUGGGGGGGGUGUGGAGGAGGUGGCGAUUGAAAUUCACGACCCUCUGCGCCCGCCCUGAGAGAGAGACUGAGGUUGAGAUUCACGACCCUGUGCGCCCGCCCUCCGUGGGCCGAACGUCCCGAAGGAAAGCUGGCGAGCGGGAGUCACCCAACAGAAUAGGUUACAUCCAGCAAAGCAAGAAGACGUUCCAGGGAGUGGGCAGGAUGAAACACGCCAAGUGGGAUCGUGAGUGGUGCGCGUCAGGAGGAGGGCUGGAGACCAGUGUGGCGUGGGUUCCCAGGAGGACGGCAUUGCCAGGUUUACUGGAGACGGAACCAUUGAAGGGACGAGAUGAAGAUGGAGUAGCCGGUGCUGACUUCUCCAGCAUCCUCUCCGAGGAAGAAAAGGAGGAAUUAAAGGCAGAGUUAGUUCAGCUCGAAGACGAGAUUACAACACUGCGACAAGUGUUGUCAGCCAAAGAAAGGCAUCUGGUCGAGAUAAAACAAAAACUCGGCAUGAACCUGAUGAAUGAAUUAAAACAGAACUUCAGCAAAAGCUGGCACGACAUGCAAACUACUGCUGCCUACAAGAAAACACACGAAACCCUGAGCCAUGCAGGGCAGAAGGCAACUGCAGCUUUCAGCAACGUUGGGACGGCCAUCAGCAAGAAGUUUGGAGACAUGAGGUCGCACUCCAUCGGCUACUCCAUUCGCCAUUCCAUAAGUAUGCCUGCUAUGAGGAAUUCUCCUACUUUCAAAUCAUUUGAGGAGAGGGUUGAGACAACUGUCACAAGCCUCAAGACGAAAGUAGGUGGGACAAAUCCCAGCGGAGGCAGUUUUGAGGAGGUCCUCAGCUCCACAGCCCACGCCAGCGCCCAGAGCUCCGCGGGAGGCCCCCGGCGGGCCGAGGAGGAGCUGCAGUGCUAGGCCCCGCCCGUCUGCAGUUGCAUCCAGAAACCAGCCACUGCCCAGCCUGUCUCUGCCCAAGCCUUCCCAGACAUGAAGACCAAAAUCCCACGGGGGGGAAAACCCAGGCCUUGACAUUGUUGUGCAGAUGGCCUCUCCAGAAAGUUCAAUAAAAUGAUUUCCAUUUG